CGGGUGAGAGGUCGGCCAGCUCCGGUCGCCCAUAGAGACGGUGGAGUCCCGAGUGGCGAGGAGGGCGGAGGCGUGUGGGGGCGUCGAGGAGGGUCCCGCGGACGAUUUGCCACAGGCCAAGUACACUAUUUGUGGCGGAAAAAGGAUUGGAAGCUAGAUUACGUGAUAUUUGGUGCUAUAAAAGCCCAAGUGUUCCUGUUCUUUGAAGUGCUUGGAAGAGUUCACCGAGAAUGUCUGGCAAAACGUCUGGCACCACAAACAACAUAGCUCAAGCAAGAAGAACUGUUCAGCAGUUGAGAAUAGAAGCAUCUAUAGAAAGGAUAAAGGUGUCAAAGGCAUCAGCAGAUCUAAUGUGCUAUUGUGAGGAACAUGCCAGGAAGGAUCCUUUACUAAUGGGCAUACCUGCUUCAGAAAAUCCUUUCAAGGAUAAAAAAACCUGCAUUAUUCUAUAGGCAAAGCAGCAAAAUGCCUUCUAAACCUUCCCCUGCAAAACCAACCUAGCCAAUUUUAGAGAAGUAACCUGAAGGUCACCUGGUAGCCAUUGCAUAAAACAGCAACUUAUUUCCACCUUGUGUAUGAAUGAACUUUUAAGUUUCCUUGAAUGUUUGUUUCUCCCAUCCUCAAUGCCAGGCACACGGUUCUAAAAGUUACUUCUUGCAAAAAUGGAAGGGUUCUACAAAUGUUGUUAGGCAUGGAUUCUCUUGGCUUUGACGGGCUGGGCUGAACUGGGCUGGGCUGGGCUGGGCUUGAUUUUAAAAUGUAGUGAGUGUUCACAGAUCCAAGGAUUGAACUAUCAAGACCAAAGUUGCCUGAGCUUCAUUUACAGAGUAGUGAGGUAGACAAGCCUAGAAUGCUAAUCAAGCUUUCUUUUGCAUUUGAUUUGAUACCAGUGUGUACCUUGUAUAUGUAAAUGGAGUCUAUAUCUAGGGUGUAUGCAUAUGUUCGUUUAGAUGUAUAGACACAUUCCAAAGUGCAUUCUUUAAGUGCACUCUUCAGAGUUCAUUGCUGCAUUUAUUGAUAGAAUUUCUGCACUUAAUGCUUUCACUAUUUAGUAUAUCUUAAGCUUUCGACAAUGUCUUAAAAACCUACACAUUUGUACAUUCUGGUUCUCAACAUAGCUUUGAAAAGUGACGUCUAUCGCCUUUAAGUUAUCUUUUAUUUCCACUGAAAUGUAGACUACACUAAAUUCAGAUUGAUUGCGAUAAUGGUGUCUAAAAAUUUAUCCUCCUUUUCUUUUUGUCUUUUAAGAGGAGUUCUGUCCUUUGCCUUUUUCCUACACAGUUUCUAAUGAACUGGUUUUUGGAAGCUUUCAGCCUUUUUUCAGUUUGAUCCCCCAAUUUACAUUUCAUAAAUAUCAAACAAUCACUAAGUAGGAAGAGAGACUCUGAGUGAAAUCUAUGGUGCUACUGCUUCUGCACAAGACCUAUUAAAAUCAAUGGUUGUGCUAAAUAAAUGCUUGAAGGAUUAUAGCAAUUCUCAGCAGCAGCAGCUAAUCCCUUGUAUAUGUUAACAUUAUUAAAGAAUUUGGGUACCAUUCAUGCGAUAAUGAGAUACUGAAUAGAAAGAAGCAACACUGAUACAUUUUAAGCCAGGGGUAUGUAUCUGUAUUCUAUUUGUUUGGCCUUUUAAUUUUUAUAGUAUUAUUGUGAUCUGCCAUAGCGCUGUGUUUCGAAGGUGGAUUACUUGUAGCUUUUUGUUGUUGUUCCAUAUGUAGAGGCCCUCGGAUGCAUGAUUAGAUUUCCCUCAUAGAAACUUCAGCAUAGAAUGCAAAGCCAACCCCAAAGCAUUCAUUUUCAACCAGCCAAGGGACAGCCCCUCAAAUAUUUCUUCUUGUUAAGACCUAGACUUCCAUAGUGUUUGUAUCUGCUUGGUGACAGCUUAACGCAUACUUGGUUUCACCGUAACUGUAUUGAGAAGCUAGCUGCAGAGCUGGUAAGCCAAAGUCCCCCACCCAAUUUACUGGUGCUUUUCACUGCAUUAUAAUCAAGCUCUUGUGGAGAACUGUAUUAAUUCUGCAUGCUGCUGUGUUGAUAUUGUAUUUCUUUUUGCCUUCAUGUUCCCAAAACAUAAAUUUAACACAUUUUAAAAACUAAAAUAACUUCCUAAAAAUAGUACGGAACUGAUAACAAAUUCACAAUUUUGCAUUGAUUUUGCUUAUUUUAUAUCACUCUGGCCAUCACAUAAUCAAUGUACAAUUCAUUAAAUUAGAUUACCUGGAAUUUGGUGCCAUCUUAGUUGCUAUCAUAAUUUUAAACAGUGUCUUUUCUGAUAUCAAGUCUUAAGUCCGUGUCCCCAAAUUAACACAGAUGACCUAUUUUUUGGUUUGUUUUAAGAUAAUUGGGCAGCAGUUGAUUUGUCAGCUAUAUAAAUCUUCUUUAUAAAGUAUGAUUCUUGCAACGUUAGUCCAUGGCAACAACAUGGGUUAACUUGCAUUUCUGUUAAAUGAAGUGAACCAGACAGUAGUUAGGCUUGUGUUAUGAUCUUAACAUAGGAAGUAAAAUCCAGAGGAAAAGGUCAACCUACGUUUGACUUUGCUACAUGGAAGUGAUUAAUUCGCACCGGUAGAUGGUCCUCUGGUGAGUUAAGAAUGUACAGAUCAUGUACCUAAGCUCAUGCAUGAUGGCCAUAAAGUAUUGAAGCUCUCAAUUGUCAGAGUUGAUGCUCAUUGCAAUAAGCCUAUAAAUGAGGAGAGACUGCAUUGGCAGGCCUGUCAACUCUAAGAGAGUCGAUAUAAUUAUUUGUAAUGAAUAAAUUGAUAUUGCCACUGGUAAAUGGGCACCUGAACAUUAUAUUACUUGUAAAAGCAGAAGUUAAUGCUGGACGUUUUCUCACCCAUCACCAACCCAACCUGUUUCCUACAAAUCCUAUCCCAAAUAUCAGUAUUUUUUUAAACAAUUAGAAUGCUGCUCUUUUUAGACCUAUUCUACUCAUCAGAUGAAUGCAAUUUUAAAAAUUCUCAGCACAUUCACCAAUUUUAUAUUUUCAUAUAUAUAGUUGUAUUUGUGCUGAUAUAUAUAUACUGAUAUGCAAACAAAAGCAUUUUCCAUGUUGCAAACACUACACUAUCACCAGCAAAUGCUGCUCCAUAUGCUUUAAUGAAUGAAUUUGGACACAUUCAGUUACUCUUGCUAGCGAGGCAUUUUAAACUGAUUAUGAUUGUUCCCUGCCUCUCAUUUAAGUUCUACUUCAUGUAAGAUUAAAAGGUCCAUAUCCUUAAAUUUUAAAAUCAGAUUUAUGAUAGAUGAACCUCUGUAACUUACUUAAAUACCCUCAGUGAUUGAGUAUCUAAUAAAUGAUGUUUGACUUGUUACACAUUGAGUUAAAACUAAGAUUAGCACUUGGUGAUCAGGUAUUUGAAAAAGCAUCCUGCUUAAUAGUCCUCUUGCCUGGCUUGACUGAACACAAACUGGAUAGAGGAGGCAUUACCAAAAGAAAGAAGGACAUCUUUAGAUGUUGCCUUGCAAUUGAUGGGUGCCAUUAAUUUUUUUUCUAAUUUUUUCUACUCAUCUCUCAGUUCACAUUUUUCCAAAUUAAGCCUUGAGUUUUGACACCUUAAUAUUGGGCCUGCUUUCUGGACUUUUUGUUCUUUUUGCAUUGCUAAUCAUGCUACUUUAGUCAUUUUCAAGUUGGCCUCAGCUCUUGAUAACUUCACAGACACAUCCAUCUAGCUUUGGAGCAGCAAUAUAGAAAUGGUUUGCCAUUGCCUUCUUCUAGAACGUGAUCUUUUGUUGUUAAAAUCUGACAGUACUUAUGUAUUCGCCUUGUUGUAGUGUUAUAGCACCAGGCCAAAAUAGGUUGGAUCCAAAUAUGCCCUUCCAUAUGUGGGAUAAGAUAUACUAUAUCCCAAAAAGCAAUGUUUUAGCCUUACCCUAAUAUAUUCCCAGGAAAAAGGAAAAGCAAGAAUCCAAGAAUCCAAUACAUGCUUGCAAGGGAGAAAGCCCCCUUUCACAAGUGAGCCGUGCUGACGGGACAUACAUAAGAGACCAUUCAGGGGCUACAGUCUCUCAUGGUUUAUUAAGGGUAAACCACUAUUCAUUAUAAUGGGGCUUAUUUCUGAGUAAGCAUGUAUAGUCUUGUACGAUAUAAGCAAAGACCGUUCUCUACAUGUGCCAGAGAAGCAUAGGAAAUGCUAUGAACUUGCAUCUUAAAGUAGUCUAGAAACUGCUUUCCUUGUAUUUGCAGAGCAAUGCAAGCAGCAAUUUGGUUUAUGUUGUGGUGCUUUGGAUCCAAACCAAUAUUUUCACCAGCAGUGCUUUAAAUUUUUAUCAUUCAUGUGUAUUUUACAAACCGGAGAUAAUUAUUGAAAACACGGUGUUGUAAACUGCAGAUGUUUUCAUUUGAGCCAAGUAAAAUGUUGUGCCAACUUCCAUUUACGAAUGCAUUUUGACUUCCCCUUGAAAGGCUCAUGGGCUGUCAACCUCACCCUUGUUCAGUUUCUUGUAUUGAUUGAGAUGUAGCAGUUUUCAAUCAAAGCAACAAUAAAUUCAGAACCAAAAUGUAACGAGCUGCUUUGAGUUAUUUCUCUCCAAGUUUAAGUUGUUGCUAGAUGCCUCCUCACCCCUCACCAGCUUUUCAUAACUUUUUUUUUAAUAUAUUGAGAGUUGAAACAUACACACAUUGCAUGUGUGCAAUGGUGAUACCUCAACAAGAAAUUGAGAACAUUGCCUUUAUAUCUAUUGCCUUGGAUUCACUUCAGUGGGACUUGCUGCAGUGGUGCUUAGGUUAAUGUGAUUAACAGAAUAGGGGGGAAAUGAACACUUAAUUUAAAAUAAUAACUUCUACACUAUUGUGAAGUUUGAAAUUAAGAGUAUGAAACUUAAUAAGGAGUUUUUAGUCAUUGUACCACUAACCUCCACCUUGGUGUUUUCUUUGAAACAUCACGGAAGAAAAAUAAUACUGUCUAGAAACAUGCUGUGUUUUUAUUUAUCCCUUUUAAAUAUAAUAGUAAACAACUUUAUUUCUUACAGACAAUCUUCUCUGUUUUUUUUCUUGCUCUCACAUUACUGUAAUGUUGCAUUGAAAAGAAUAAUACCAUGAUUUGCCUUUGAAGUAAAAAAGAAUGCAUGAAAUUACUUUAAUAGUUUUGUUUUAUCUUUCAUAAACAAUCUGUAAUUGUUUGCUUUCAUUGUACCUCUCUAUACAAUGUGAUUGCUCUUGGAAGGUGGUUUCUUGCAAACAUUAGAAAGAUUAAAAACUGUAAAGAUUCCUUUUCACAGCUAAUAUAUUUAGUAUCAUGGAUAUAAAAUACUUUAAUUAAAUAUCAUUUCUUUUCA